CCUUGUGUCGGAACGGAGAAAGGGAAAGUUAGGAGAACAAAGAAGAGAAGGGAGAAGAAAAUGGAAGCCCUACCAACCCGCUACGACGUGUUCUUGAGUUUCAGGGGCGCAGACGAUCGCACUGGCUUCGUCUAUCACCUCUACAAGAGGCUGCUGGAUUCUGGGGUCCGCGUGUCACGCAGCGAUUGCGCGCUCCCGGUCCGCAAGGAGAAAGGCAGGGAGCAGCUUGUCUGGGCCAUCAGUAGAUGUAAAAUCGCGAUACCCAUCAUCUCCCGAGGGUAUGCGAGUAGUACAUGGUGCCUGGAGGAGCUCGCCGCCAUCAUGGAUUGCCGCAGAAGGGAUGACAAAUUGGUCCUCCCUGUAUUCUAUAAUGUGGCUGUUGUUGAUUUGGGUCGCCGACGCGGUGACUUUGAUGAUGAGAUGAAGUGCAGCUCAGAAGAAGUGCUAAAAUGGCAGGAAGCGCUGACUUCUGUAGCGAGGAUUAGAGGGUGGAUAUCACAGAGCACUGCUGAUGGGCAUGAAGGAGAGCUGGUGCAAAUGGUGGUUGCCAAGGUUUUGAGUGAAUUGAAAAGGAUUUGGAUUCAACGGCUUCCCCUGUCCAUAGGAUUAGCUUAUCUUUUCUUUUCGGAGAGGAAAAGAAGAGAAACUAAAUGCCAAGUGUUCUUGGCCUUUCGUGGUCCCGAUACUCAAUACAACCUUGCUCACUACCUUUACGUCAGCCUCAUGGCAUCAGGAAUCGGAGUGUUUAAUCAUGAUGAUCCUUCGCUGAUAGGUAAAGAUUUUAGUAAUGAGAUUAGCAAUGCCAUUGACCGCUGCGAGAUAUCCAUUCCGAUUCUCUCUUCGAAUUAUUCCUCCUCGCCUUGGUGCCUGGAAGAGCUCGCUCGAAUGGUUGACUGCAAGAGAACAAAGGGACAAAUGAUAUUGCCCAUAUUCUAUAAGGUGGAUCCCUCGCACGUGCGAGACCUAUCACAUUGUUUUGAAGAGAGCAUCCUUCCACAUAAGGAGCUGGUUGACGGAAGUACUUAUGAUCGGUGGAAGCGAGCUCUCAAGGAGAUUGGGUCUCUUGAAGGAUGGGUAUCAGAGAAAGUCGCCAAUGGGCAUGAAGAGGUACUUGUCAAACAGGUUGUUGAGGAGGUUUCGAGGUUGUUGAACAAUCCCUAAACACAUGAUCCUCCAUCCCUAUCCACUGAGUAGUGUCUCGAUCCUGGAGUUAGUAAUUGCUCAUCUUAAAUGUAGGUGAGUCCUAUUUUGCAAGAGAAGUUUCCUCGACUAUCAAAUGUGUCAUCUGUCAUAGUUCAUCGGUUGCAUUUAUCUUGUGAAGACUGGCGAGGAGUUCCUUUGGAGUUAAGAAACUUGCUCACGCAUGUGUUCUGCUCUUCUUAUAUUCAGAUGUGACAGGAUCAAUGGAUGUCUCGUGUUCCGAUUUGAAAAUCUGAUCUGUUAUAGAUAGAGAGAGGAUAUGAGAAAGAAGCAUGAAUGAGGGCACAGAACCAACAAGAUGAAAGGAGGAGAGAAAAAUGUCCAAACAAUAAAAAGAGGGGCAAGCUUCAUUGGUUGUCUGAAGGUGCUAUAAAGGAUUUGCUAUUGAGUUGAAGUCAAAUGUGAUCUGCUGAAGUACAAUUGCCUUCUAAUUACUCGAAGACUUGGCUUGUUCUGGCGUAAAACAGGAUGAGAAAAUAUAAAAUGGGAGAACAGUUGCGAUUUGCAUUUACAUAGCUUGAAAUAUACUACAAUUUGCUGGAUCAGUGGAAGAGACUAUCUUCAUUCUUAGCUUUUUUGUCUUUCUUUGGGCUAAAAUCUGAUCAUGCAUUCCAUGGAAAAAUAAGCCAUUUGAUACAUAGCUAACGUUGAUGAGAGGGGCUUUUUGAUAGAUCUCAAUGUGACUUGUCGCAAAAGUUGUACAUGCUUAUUGCCACUAAUUUCUGUAAUAUUCGUUUGUGCUAACUCUUUGGAUAUGCAAAUAGAAAUAUUUGCUUGGAUA